AUGCCCCUCGCAGCGACCUGGCUGACCAAGCUCAAGGUCCAGCUGAAGCUCGCCAUUGCGCGCCUGCGCAUGGUGCAGCAGCGGGAUGAGCAGCUGGGCAAGACGCAGCGCCGGGCCAUGGCGCAGCUCCUCGAGGCGGGCAAGGUCGACUCGGCAACGAUCCGCGUCGAGAACAUCAUCCGGUCCGACAUCACGAGCGAGCUUCACGAGCUGUUGGAGCUGUACUGCGAGCUGCUGCUUGCGCGGGCCGGCCUGAUGGAGGGGACCGUGUGCGACCCGGGGCUGGAAGAAGCCAUCAAGAGCAUCCUCUAUGCGGCGCCCAAGACAGAGAUCAAGGAGCUCAUGACGGUGCGGACGCUGCUGGCAGAGAAAUACGGCAAGGAGUUUGUCCUCGCGGCCAUGGACAACGCAGACGGCAAGGUCAAUGAAAAGGUGGUCAAGAAGCUGAGCGUGGAGGCGCCGCGACAGGAGCUGGUGACAGGCUAUCUGGAGGAGAUUGCAAAGGCGUACGGCGUCGAUUGGCCCAAAAGGGAGAGAACGAUCACGCCGCCACCCCCGGAUCUGCUGGACGAUGAUGAAGACGUGGACGGCGGCGAUCCGUCGGGUGGACAGGCGCAGAAGAACGAUCUGACCAAGCCUCUAACGGCAGCGGAGAGGAAACUCUCGCUGGGCGAGGAGCAGAUGGACCGGGCCACGCCGCCGAGCGCGAGGCUGGGAGAGCCCAAGAGCCCGCUGAUGGUGACGCCGCCGCGGAUGACGACGGACAAUGUGCACCCGAAGGUGAUGAUGGGGUCCGUGGAGCUCAAGAGCAAGAAGGAAGAGGUGGCGCGGAAGAAGGAGCCGGAAGGGUCAAUACCGGACAUUGGGGAUCUCGAGAGGAGAUUUGCGGCGCUGAAGAAGAGGUGA